GGAACUGCUGGGAGAAAAACUGACUCACAGAUCUCUUCUUCACCUUCACUGCGGGAACAUUAAGCUUCAUGUCGGCGUUGACAGUGCAGCAGCAGCAACAAUGAAUUUUGACAGCCUACUCUCGGAAAUAAAUGGAUUUGGAACAUUUCAAAUCCGCCUGGUGUUGAUUCAGGCCUUGUCUCGAGUCACGCUGCCCUGCCACUUUUUGCUGAAUAACUUCAUGGCAGCGGUUCCCGAUCACCACUGCAACGUCCUGGACGAUGGAGGCCUCUUCGGGAACUUAACGCAGGAACAGAAACUAUCUUUUGGGAUUCCAGCGGAGCCGGACGGGACCCCGAGCUCCUGCCAGAUGUUUACAAAACCCCAAUAUGAACAUCUGGCAGGUUUCAACAGCAGCGACGAGGCUUUCACUGUCCAGUGUCAGAACGGAUGGGUGUACGACAACAGCACAUAUCAAUCCACUUUGGCCACAGAGUGGGAUCUGGUGUGCAGCAGGAAGGGGCUGAACAAGGCAACAGCCACCAUCUUUUUUAUCGGUGUGAUGCUCGGAGCACCGUUAUUUGGGUUCCUGAGUGACAGAAUGGAAGUAGUCAUCACAUCAACUAGUUCCUGAGCAGUGUCCUUCACAUGCUGAUACACAAGAGAGGGAGUUACACAGUCACAACAUGGAGGAAUAACGGGUCUUGUAGGUAUUCAUACAU